AUGGCUUCAAAGCAUAAGAAACCCUGGGUUGAGAAAAAAUAUUCGCCUGUGAAGGAAUGGGUGGGGAAUAGAGAUACUGAAGGAAUGGAGGAAUGGCAAAGCGGUAUUUGGGUGGACAAGUGUGCGUUCUUUAAUUAUUCUCACUAUUGUAAUCAAGCAGAAAAAAUCGAUGAACAGAAAAUAAAGAUGGAUCGUAAAGAAAAGGCGAUUUGUCCGGGCUGUGGUGAAAAACAUUCAAAAGUGAACAAUCAUUGCACUGUAGU